AUGAAUCUUAGGCGUUUAUUGAUAAAACCGUAUGCUUAUAGAAAAUGUGGAAACGAUGGCCAAUGGCUUUGGGAUAAUUGGACCAAUUAUACGGAAUGCAUACAAUAUUUAGCACCUGUUGUAGUGCCAACUGUUCAUCUAUUAGUAUGCUAUAUAUUAUUUAUAUUUUCAAUAAUAUCAUUGGCAUUACUAUUGGCAACAUUAUUUAUAUAUCUCUAUUUUACAUCAUUGAUGUGUUCAAGAUUGCGAGUUCACCGUAAUUUAGUGGUCGCACUGAUAAUGCAUUCAAUAUUAAUGAUUGUCAUCAGCUAUCCAUCAAUAUUCAGUAUAAACUCCUAUAGAGAUAUUGAAACCUUAUGUAAAAUAGUUAUAUCAUUGAAACUGUUUGCCGCACUUUCAUCAAUCAAUUGGAUGUUUAUUGAAGGCCUACUACUUCAUAGCCGUAUAACUACAUCCAUAUUCCGAAAGGACGCCCCCUUUAAGCUAUACUAUUGUAUUGGUUGGGGACUGCCAUUAUUGACGACAAUAAUUUGGUGCAUAACUAUGUCCUACUGUUGGACCAGUUAUUGUUGGACAGGUUAUGGCGAUUCAAUAUAUGUCUGGAUUAUUACUGGACCAAUGAUUGCAGCUAUCGGUAUAAAUUGUAUAUUUCUUAUUAAUAUUAUACGUAUACUCGUAACCAAAUUGAGACUCACUGUUAAUGUCGAAACCACACAAAUCAGGAAAGCCAUAAAAGCAACUGCACUACUGUUUCCAUUAUUGGGAAUAUCGCAUCUAUUGUUUUGUUUUAAUCCAGGUGAUAAUGGUAAUCUAGAAAAUGCUUAUAUGAUUACUAAUGCAUUUCUACAAUCAUCACAGGGUAUGUUUGUGUCGAUACUCUACUGUUUUCUUAAUACCGAAGUUCAGACAACAUUACGAAACGUUUACUUAAGAGCAUCGAUCAGACGGAGCGCUAAUCCCAACCUCAGGUUCAGUCUAAUCGGUCGACACUCAAGUAAUUCAAGUAUUCAUUGA